UUGUACUGCCUUUUUUUUAAUUUAUUUAUUCCUACGUGAGCAGACCCAGCACACUUCUUGCAUAUAAACAGUGAAAAUUCCAAUAUAAAGGACCUAUUAUCCCUUCUUUUGGAGCCACAUUAGUGCUAGUGAGAGGCUUGCCUACUUUUUAAGGCUAAGAAGACACAUUUUCUGCAGGUAAAUCGAAAGCUUUCAGGAAACAUUAUCCUGUUAUUCUGCAUUUGCUGGUUAUUCAGUCUGGACUACUCUGCUGAUGCCAAAGUACUUACAGAACUUCCCCAAAAGAAACAGUCCCUUGGAUAUGACUGGCCUUGUAUUUGCAUGAACUAACAGCUACACAUCAAUCACUUCUCUCACUGAAACCCACUGGAUGGUGUUUUUUCACCUGGUCAGAAGUGGUGACAUUUUGCUUAACUGUUUGGGAAGAUUAGUUUCAUUUGCAACAUUACAAAGAUGGCUGAAGAUGAAAAACUGUCUCUAAAGAAAGCAAUUCAGUUUGGUAAUAAUAGAUAUAUUCUACCAGCAAAACUAUGCGUCAGAAAUGAGAAUGCUUCCAAAAGUUAUAAUGCUUGUUGUUUAGACAACAUGCAAGUAAAACAUAUGUGACUGAUCCAUUUUAAGAGAACCUGAAUCACUAAUGAAGAGCUGACUGUCAAAUUAAGAGCCAUCAGGAAAGCCACAGACUCAGUGUUCCCUUUAAAUUAGUUAACUGUAAGCAUAACAGCCUGUUGCAGUUUUGUAAUACAGGUAUCGUGUUACCUUCAAAACACAAGGAUUCCUGCAUUCCCUAGCUACAAAAAGUCUUUCCUUAAAUGUGAUAUUUUGUUAUCUUCGCAUUUGGUCUAAUCAGCAAUUCAAUUUGAAGGAGCAUCCCUAAAGAGAGUGUGUCUGUUAAAAGUAUACAUAAUAACAAUAAGAAGAAUGAAAAGCUUUGAUUCUUCAGGAGUAAGGUGUUUGUUUGUAUCUUAGGAACAAUCUUAAUAUAGAGUUCAAAUGACAAAUGAAAUGGGUCAUAAAGAAACAUGUUACUUACAGAGUUUAAAUGGUGAUUCAAUGGCCCAGCAAAGCAUGAAAAUGCGCCCAGUGCUAUUGAAAAGGAACAGUUUGGAUUCAGCUGAUUUUAUGAGACAGCCACACCACCGCAGGACCAAAUCUCAGCAAGUUCGAUUCAAGGAUGAUGGUGUGAACGCAAAGACAGAACUGGAUGCUGAUCCUGCCCAAGAUAUAGCAUUCAUAACUGGAAAACCCAAAAUAUUUAGGGAUCACAGUGCUUUGCUACAUCCAUCUCCAUCUUUUCCCAGGGCUCAGAAGGGGCUUCGGAAUAUUGCUGUACAAACAUCUCCUAGCCUCAGGAAACACUUCCCCAUUUUUAAGAAGAAAAAACUGACUGUAAGCAAAUCAUUAACAGAAAUGCCAAGUGAGCCUGCAAAUUCUAUCCAAGUAAAUGGCAGCCUUUCUGAAAAAGACAUUAUGUCUUCAGAUCUCUGUUACUUAAGAAUAACUAAUCAUUUGGAAGAUGGAUUUAGGAAUAGCGAAGUGGAUGGUCAGUUAAGUCAAAGACCAUUAAAAGCACAAAACAAUGGACCUAUCUACUCAGAUGAUUUCUCAGUCUCAGAGAAGACAACUGUUUCUACACAGGUGCCUGAAUACAUACACAUGAGUUUCCCAAAAGACGGCAACGUUUCCACUGAUGCUCCAGACACAACCAUGAAUUUAAAUAAUUCACUGCAUUCUGCUACUGUCAUAAAUAGCAAUGAAAAUAAUGAAAACGGCAUGCUGUCAUCUAAUUCUGAAAAAGCAUACCCUUGCCUAAGCAAUUCUACUAACUGCAGUGAAUGUAAUCCUCAUUCUGACUCUUGUGAAGCAGAUAAAAGUGAUUCUGAGCCGCUUGUAGCCAGCAAAGAUGCUAGCAGUAAGGAAACUACUCCAUUAUCACCUCCAUCAAAUCACAGUUCAUCUCCUUGUUUCCUCAGAGACUAUCAACAGGCAGGAGAGCACAAAACAGAUUCCAGCUGUGUAACAUUAACAAAUGAUGAUCACACAAUAAUGUCAUUGACCAGCAGUAAUGCAUCAAAAUCUACUCUGUCAUGUAAUACUGAAAUCGAGAGAAAUUCUACCCAGUCAGAUGUUUCCCAGUGUAACAGCUGUUUAGAAGGAUUUCACAUAAAGUCUUAUCUGCCAAGGAAUGAAAUAAAACCACAAAUCAACAAAGAGAUUAGCAAAAUAAAUCAAAUUCAUUUGGCACAUGAUGAACUCUGUGCCCUACAAGGCAGGCUGCAGUCUGUAGAGGAAUCCUUGCAAUCGAACCAGGAGAAGAUUAAAGUCCUUUUGAAUGUAAUCCAAGACCUGGAAAAAUCCCGAGCCCUCAGUGAAGGGCGUAACUUCUAUCACACUGGUCAAGACCUCAACAACUGCAGCACCUGUCAGAACACAGCAUGUAUCAUAUACAGUGUAGAAUACGACUUCAGACAACAAGAAGGAAGAUUUCAUCAGAUUUUGGAAACACUGGAUCAUGCAGAGCAAAAUCCAGCUUCAGCUUCACCUCAGAAGCUACCAUCUGAUUAUCCAGCUCCCGAGAAAAAGGAGUUAAGAAGAAGAUCAAAAAAGGUGAAAAGAAAAUGCUUCUGGUGGAUUUGAUUUCCUUCUGGAUCCUUUUACAUUUCAAAAGACACUGGAACACAAAGAGGUUGGAGACCACACACCUGAAAAUGUGGUAUUACAAAAUCAUAAAACUAAAGAUUGUUUAAUUAGAGUAUCUGAAAAAUCAAAAGAAUUUAAUUUACUGAAAUCAUCUCACUGCAUAAAGGCACAUGAAGAUACUAUUUUCAAAAAGAAAUUGUUUCCUUCAAAAGGAAUCUUUCUCAUUUUUUCCAAGGACAUUUUCAUAUGCUUUGAAAAGACUUUUUUUUUUUUUUCCAACUUUCCAAAAAUAACAAGGUUUAAAUCUCUGCUUUAUAAAACAAUGGUAGACAAAGCUAAAGUUGUCACACAGUCUUCAUUUCCUAUUUUAAGCAACAUGAAAGAACUUUGGUGAUCUUUAAACAACUCACACAAUCAAGGACAAAUCCAGGGGAAUCUACAUGGUUCAAACAAAUCUCUUCUCAAAGGAGACAAUUACACUUAUUUCACAUCCCCACUGAAAUGCUUUUGUUGCUGUCUUUAAUAUUUAACGAGAAAAAAGGAAUGUCAGGUUAAGUUUUCUCUGUCCUUGUACUGGUUCAAUUUAAAAAGCAACCAUUUAGAAGUUUCAGCCAUUUAACAGACUUCUCUGAAAUGAAUCAUAGUACAACAAGAGAGGAUCAGUAAUUUUAGUCUUAACCCCCUGCUCAAGCAAGGUCCAGUUAGGUGAAUGUGAGUUCGGAGUAUCUCCAAAGACAAGAAUCCAUAACUUCUUGGGGCAAGCUGUUACCAUUUUUUUUCCUAACAUCUAAUCUGAAUUUUCUGUUUUAACGUGUGUCCAUUAUAUCUUGCCCUACCCAAAAACACCUUCAAGAAGAAUUAGACAGAUAAUAAGACCUUGUUCCUAAGCCUUCACUUCUUAAAGACUGAACAAAUCCAAUUUUUUCUGCCUCUCUUCACAUGUUCUGUGCUGCAGCCCACAGUCAUCUUGAUGGUCUCCCUCCAGUAAGCCAACGUCUUUCACCUACCCAGAAGCCUAAAACUGGACACAAUACCUCAGAUGUCAGCACACAGUUGCUGAAUAGAGGGCAACAAACACUUUGGCUACUGUCUUGCUAAACUACUUGCCUAAUUUGUACAUUUAAGAGCUGUAUCACUAUACAAAAAUAUCCCAAGAUGUGAUUUUUUGGCCUUAAGAUAAAAGUUGAUACACAACAAAAAACUGAUAACCAAAACAAAUAGUAUUUAAUGAACUUAUCUGUAUUAUAUAAACAGAUAUAUAUGCUGAAAAAAAUUUAUCUGGUGGCAAUGCAGCUAUUUCUUUCCUUCAAAAAUAGUGAGUUCCCAGCUAGCACAGGGUAUGCCAAUGCACCCUAAUUUAGGGUUCAUUAUACUGCUAUUUCACUCAUGAAAAUGUGGUCAGCUUUCAUAUGGGGGGUAGAAGGGAAAAGGUUUUCCAAAGUGAGUAUAAAGGGCACACUGUAAGGCCCAAAUAAUGUAUUUUAUAUUUAGUGGAAUGUAUUGCAGACCUUUUCUUAGAAGUUGCUCUGGUUAAUCAGUUGAAAUGGUGCCAGAGUAUUCUGUAGAUCAACCCCUGGAUCUUAUUUUUCUAAAUCAUAUUGUAUUAAUUGUGCAAUGUUAGUUAAAAAUAUCUGUACACUUUUUGUACACCUGUGUUCCUUGAAUUCUUAGGGUUAAUCACACAUUUGAAAACACAUUAAAAAUGUUUUGCACAGAAUUUUGUCUGGAAGAAUUAAGUUUUUUGAUAAAACUAGUCUUCAUUUAGAAGAGAUUAUGCUAUGUGACAUGGGUUAAUUUAUCCAAAUUCUAAAGGACAGAUAGUUUUAAAAAAACAUUUCCGUGUUCAGUCAGUAUGGAAAUGACAGACAUGAAAUUAUCAUUAUUUUAGAGGCUUGUCAGAAGAAAAGCCUUAUAUAAAUUUUUACUAGCAAAAAGGAUGUAUUUAGUGAGACAGAAAAGCUCUUCAAUAAUUAUUUGUGGGUAUAACAAAGGUAAGACAUUAUUACAUCAGAACACGUCAUUAUAUUAGACUUAAAUACUGCUUAUGCUGGUAUGCCAACAGCAUUCCUAUCUUGCAUUAGUGUCUAUAAUUGAUAUUAUGAAGGAUUUGUUAGUGUGUAAAUGUUUCUUGUUUAUUAAAGUAACAUUUUAAUAUCCUCUGUGGCAAAGGUAUAAUAACUAUCAACACCAACAGGCUUAACUAGCAAAACCAGGACAGGUUUUUUUCUGUAGUGAAGUGAUUUUCAGUAAUCUGUUAUUAUAUCAAAACAAUAUUUUGUGUCUUUCUUUUUGUUAAGAAGCACAAAAAAGCUCAUUUUAAGCUGCCUGACUUUGGUUUUGCAUACAUAAUGAAUAUGGUGCUUUCAAUAUAUUUUUAAAGGAUCCAGAUUACUCAGUUUAAACAAACCACAGUAUUUUGGUUCACAACACAACACCAGUCAAUUCCUGGGGUCAGUAAAACUAUGCAAGAAGAAAUAUCUCUACUUAGUUUAAGGAAGUCCAACCAAAGAUGGUUGUAAGGCUUUAAGCCUUUCUUAUGACCUGAACAAACAUCAGUACCUCCGAAAAACUCAAAUAUACUGAUUUAAAUAGUUACAGGAUCUAUAUUUUCAUGUCUGAUCUUGAUGGAAUUCAGAAGUGUAAACAAUUUUUAAUCCUUAAUCUCCCAGUCAAAAUGAGCCUUUGGUCUCCAUAUUCCUGUUGGUUAUUUUUCAGUUGACUCUCAAUCGCUAAAGUAUAUGUUAUCCAUAUAUGGAUAUGAAAUUCUCUUUUUAACAUAUGCACACACAGCAGUAGGGAAACACUUCAGGUACCUAGGCCAGCCAGCCUUCGGCUCCCAAUGCUGCAAUUUAAGAACAUUUGCUUGUCUUUCAGCCUACAUUCUGUUCCGUGUUUUCAAAUUCACCACUAAGACAUCUAAUUUUCUUGAAAGAAAAUAUGAAAUUACAGUGCUGCUAAAGCAGUGUCCUUCAGAAAGGUUGCUCCUAGAGUUCCCUGUUUCAGCACAAAAAUUUUUUUUUGAGUCAGCAGUAGUGGCAAUAGCCAGACAAGUUCUAAAAUAUGUAUUUAGGGUCCAAACAAAUGGCUUAUCUGAAACACAGAACUCCCUCAUUUUUCUUGCAGAGGCUCUGACUACCACAAACAAACCCCAUGCAAUAGUUUAAGAGAAAAUAAAGUAAAAGUAUGCCAGAAGUAAAUUAUUCCUACAAAAGUGUAAGCGUCAUAGUUUCACAAUAAAAACACAUAAAACUGCACCUACUUAAUGAGAGAAGACACCCAGUCUUCUCCACGGUAGGUCACACACAACAGACUUGAAAAAAAUUAAAGACGACAUUAGGGCAAAAGACUAUUCGUUACAUUAUAAGGCAACAGUAGGAAAAGUGUCAGUCAUGGUAAGCAUCAGCCACAGCAAGAAGGUAAGGCCGCUUAGUUGCUGUAUGUUUUGUUUAGAUUUAACAGAAAUUUGUAUAUCCUAGCAACACAAAAACCCUACAAUUUAAUAAACUUGAAACACAUAGUUGGAGAAUCUAAGCUAUGUGAAAAUAUAAUAAUCAUUUUUUGUUUUAUUGUUAAAUAUUUAAAAAUAUUUUAGUAAUUAAUUAUUAAUUUGUAUAGGAAAUAAAAAUAUUAUCACACACACACUAUGUGAUUUAUGUCAAGACUGGAAAAGCAAUAGAAAUUGGUAGACUUCUAGAAGAAAAUAGUAUUGGCUAUAAAAAUUUCUCUGAUUUAGAAACUCACAGUGUAAUGCCUAAAACCAGCUCCCAGAGUAGGAAAUAAACAUUAGAAAUAUAUACAAGCAUGUUCUAAAAAACCAACAAAACCCCCACAAACCAACAACAAAACAUCACCAAACCCAAAGCUGCUUGACAGCCCUUGCAUACAAAUGAUUGUAGGCUUCUCUGAAAGACAUUUAAAUGACAACUGCAGUAUGCUAUUUAUAAAACAUUGCACAGAAUAUGGCAUAUUCCAAAAUUGCUGUAUUUGAAAUUGCUGUUUUAUGGGGUCAACCUAACUUUCUUUGAAAAUUCAGAAUGUAUGCAUAAAAUUCUGAUUUCUCUCUGUCACGUAACAGCAGUUCAUGUAGGGCUUUUUAUAGUUUGGUGCACUAUAGUUCUUUCAAAAAAGCCACAAUAUUUAGCAAUUAUGCUAGCUUAGAUGCAAAACAUCUUCCUAAUGGAAUGUAUUAUCUAAUGUACAUUUUUAAAAUUUCUAGGUUCUUUAAAUAUGAUGUUAUCUUUUGCAAUAAAAUGAGAUAUUUUUCUUAGGUUUCAGGAAUCAAUAACAACAUUUAUAUUAUAAAGGAAGUGAACAAUUAUUCUUUGGAAAAGGAAAACAAAUGGGUAAUGAAUAAACAGGUCUUUCAUGGAAUCAUUCAGCUUCUUCUCUAGGUAAAGGAUCUUAGUUUGAAUACUGAAUAAAAAACCCUGUAACUUUUAGCUAGACCAUGUGUAUAUUUGAAUAUAUCAGGUUCUCCAACCACAGCAGCUCUGCAAAAUGGUUUCUCUGAUCAUUAUUUCCCCAAAGAAAUUGUUUUCUACAGAAGUAUGCUAUCUAGAGUAGGUUUGAUUAACAAAGCAUGCUUUUUUCUUUUCAGCAAAGUUUUUAUUUGUACAACAUCUUACAUAAUUAUUGGCUAAAACCUUUUCUGUGUAAUAUAACUACAGUCUUUUCCUCAUGCUAAACUGAUACUGUUAACAAAAUCAAGUUUGGAAAUACCAAUGGAAAUCUUUAAAAUGUGUAUGAUGGAUUUAUGAUAUUUUUGUUUACUUGACCAAGCCAAUACUGAAAACAAAGUACUUCUGUAUUCUACAUGCUUCCAUAUGUUUUACUUCUAGCUUUACUGUGGUAGGCCUUCACUGCAUCACAGCACUGUUUAACUACAAGCCCAGACUUCACAGAAGCUUCAAUAGCCAAUUUCAGAUAAUACUUCUCCCUCCUUAUUACAAGUUUAGCAGCAGUUCUACAACUACAGACAGUCAAGGCUUUUUUUUUUUUUUUUUUUAAUAGUGAAAACAACCAAGCAGCCGUUAAAGCCUUCAACCUCCAAAACACCACAGUGAAGGCAGGAUCUGUAUUUAAGUCUUCUCUGCAGUAGUUGCAGAGAACCAGAUUACUUUUCCAUCACUAACGCCUUCUCCUGAUGGGAUUAUGCCCUUCUGAGCCUGCUUCAUACCUGUAAUUACAUGAACAAAGCUCACUGCAUGCUGUUACCAGUUGAGCACAAGGCAGCACCUUCCCUUAGAUUCAAAUGGCACCACAGCAAGAUAAGAUACAGGCAACUGUAACCCAAAAUCCUUUCAAAUCCUUAUCUGCCAACAAGCUAGACAAUUGUGAAGACACCUGAAUAUGAAAAUUAACCUGCUUAUCCAUGCCAGAAAGCAAAAAAAACUUAGGUAAAUAAAAUCUAGCACUCUAUCAGGUGCAAGGCAUUAAACUUGCAAGGAAUUACAGGUCUUGUAAAUUGUAACCAUUUUUUUAAUUAGUAUAACACAGUAUUAGCAUUGGUUUUCACACAAUUUUCAAAUUCUAGAAGAUUACACAGCAGAAAAUAAUAAAAAUAUUUGCAAUUUUCAGAAACAUGGUAACAAAUUUAAGAGUCUAAAGCGUAACCUUCUGUUCCUCUGGAAGUAAAUAACAGAUGUAGACCAAUUUGAAGUGUCGCUCAUAUCCAUAUAAUAUCAGCUACACAGUCUGUCUGCAUCUAUUCCAUAUGUCCCAGCUGUACUUGCAGAGUUCACCAUACUUUUAGCAACUUCCGCUCACCUAAGCAUACUGCAGAAGGCUGUAAUUCCUAUCUCCUUUAUUUUUAAAAAAUUUAGCAUUCAGCUUUUCAGUAAGUUUGCCUCUCUCAAGAAGUUUCAAAACAAACCUGCAAAUUAACUGAGUGAACUGGAGGUAGUACCCAGAGCACAAAAUGAGCACAUUUUGCCAGCUCUUUCUGAAUGCAAAGGACCAUUUUGUUCAUUAUGAACAUGUCACAUUUAAAAGACCAGUCUCUUGAAAAAUCUUACCUCAGCUCUAGAAAAAUCUGUAAUUUAUUGGAAAUCUGCUUUGAAAAACUUCUAAAAUGCCCAAUAUACAUAUAUGCAUAGGUGCUUAUGAGCAUUAUUAGCAUUCAGACAUCUGCAUUUUGAAAUUACACUGGAUUUAAUCUUUUUGGGUAAAAAGUUGAACAAAUUACAGUAGAUGAGAGAAAGGAAAAAAAAAAACACACCAAGAAGAAAAAAACACCCACACUUUCCAGACCAUUUUAUUUAAUUGUAACCACCUUAUUUCCUAAUGUUUUCUAAUGAUAACGAUUUUUUUUUGCAGAAUUACUAGUGUUGCACUUUGCUUCUUCCUUUACUUUUUAUAGUGUCCAAAAAUACUCCUUAAUAUAUUAAUUACAUCAUCCAUGACAUUCAUAUGAUGUUUUCUUUGCAAGUAAAAAAACAUUUCCAACCAUUCUAGAGAACUGAAAGGUAAAUGGGUCUUCAUUCAAAACCUUCUCCAGUUGCGGCCAUGCCAGAGGGUUACACACAGAAGAAUAACACACUGGAGUUCUGAUAAAAAUUAUAUGAUUUCUGAAACUUGCUGAUCUACCACCAGUCUGAAGCAACUAUUGGCAACUAUCUCCACUGAAAAACUCAAUUAGGAGAUCGAUCAUUAGGAGACACGCAUUCUCUAACUGGCAAUGAUCUAAAACAUAUUUUGGUUUACCAACAGAAAUGAACAAGGAAACAUGGUACAUUUUAAAAGACUCACGAUGUACCUUUUGUAGCAGAAACAAUCAAGUACCUGCUGCUCGUGAUUUUGCAGAAUAAUGUAAAUCUCUAAAGACUAACAACAAAUAUGCAUCUUCUUUAAGCGCACAGUCUGCAGGGUGACUUCCAUAAUUCCCACUGAACACAACUGGCUGACAUUCUCACAAAUAGUCUAAAUCAAGAGGUACUUCAUGAAAUGUACUUAAAUCCAAAUAAAUUGAGGCAUUGGUACUUAAACAUAACUCUCAAUCAUGACAUCUCAUGACAUCUCAACAAAAAUCUUAGGUGAGUGCACCACGCCAGGACAUCCCCAGACAUUUUCCCUGUGCACACAGGGCAUUAUCUUGCCCCUCCAGAAACAGAACCAGGAAUGGCAGCUGUUCCAUAGCAACUAUAACCCAGCAAAAAGUAAAGCAUGGAGAAAAUGUUUUGGUUGUUUGUUUAGUUUUACUCAGACACUUCUACUUCAGAUUAGUAGAAACACUAUUUUCAAUGUGUUAAACUAUGGCCUUUAAGCAGGUUUGUAAAACUUUCUUUGUUUUGCAAACAGCAAUUAACUUUAUAUUUAGUGUUUGUAUUUUUAAGGUAUGCACAAAUCUCACAGUAUUCAAUUACACUUCAGAAGACACUACAGUGGCACAGCUGAAAGCAAAAAGAAUAAAGCUUUAGAUCUCUUAUUUUAGAUCUAAAAAAAGUCCACAAGCAAGGACUCCACCAAUACCAUAUCUGCAUUUUUUCCAGUAUAACUGUAAAAUUACUUUCAAAGCAUUAAAAAUACAUUAAAAUAG